UCGUCCGUCGCGCCUUCAAGUCGCGUCACCGAGUCCCAACCGAAUAAUCCAAAAGAAUAAUAAACUUUUCGCACCCCGGUUACUUGAGUGUUUACAUUUACCCGCCCAAUAAUCGAUAACCGGUGUUUACCAACGGAUAAUUCCCUCGAUCGAGCCUCAAAAUAUAUACGUCUUUACUAAUUCCAACGUGACGGGAGCAAAUGUCAUGGGCCUACUGUAGAGUCAAGAAUUUCAAACUCACUCUCGAUUUAUCUAUUCUUUUAUCAGUGAAUAAAAAAAACUGACGCUCGCACCCGUAUUAUCUCGUCUGUCACUCGUCUUUUCUUUUUUUUUUUUUGUUUCGUUUCGGUAAACGUACGUGCGGUUUUUCACAUUCUCGAGUGAUUGUAUGGAAGUGUAAUCGUGGGAAGGUGGGGAACUCCACUUCCGUUUUUUUACUGUGAAAUUGUGGUGGUGUUUGUGAUUUUUGGGGCUUUAUCUGGAGGUGUGUGCAGUGAUUUUAUCGCGCAUUUUCUACACUCACUGGAGCCUUUUUAUUUUUUGGAUGAGUCACGUGCACAGCGGUGACAGGUUGAACGUCACCGGGGACUCGUGAUUCCGGUGGUAACGAAGAUGCCUGUUGUGAUGAUUAAAAAAUUGGGGUGAUGUGCAUGCAAUGGAUGGCUCUGAAUGUACGAUCAGGGGCCCUGGGCCUGAUAAAUCAAUGGGGACUGUUGAUUGUCAACUGAAUUUGAAUUCGUCGACCGGAUACAAUUCCUUGGUAAUUGGUGAAAGCGACAAUCAUCAUCAGCCAUGUAAAUCGAAUCACUCCACUUCAUUGCGAACGUUGAAAAAACCAGAUCCUUACAGAGAACUGGAGAUCUACCUGGCACGAGUCAUUGAGGAAAUAGACGAUAUAAUAAUUACAACACCACCAUUGCCGUCUCCGUCUCCUCAGAAGGUUUCCAAACCGGUCCAUCAUCCCGACACAUCAACAUCAUCAACCAUAAAAAUUCACCAAGAUCCUCCCAAUUCCACCAUAAAAGUUACCAAUGAUCUAAAUUCGUCAUGUUUAACCGCACUGCCUCCACUGAAAAUCACCGGAUUACUUCCACCGCCAAAGCCAUCACCAGCCAGUGAUCCCCCAGUGAUUCGAUAUCAAGAUUUACUCCAGGAGUUUGGGAUAUCUGAUGAGAGAAUAACCGACAACUCCACCCCAAAAUGCGGGCAAUCACCGAAAAUCGAGUCCCCCAUCAAUUCCUCCGGCACUUCCACCAGAACAACUGAAGAUUCGAGUGAAAAUUUACUCAACUCUGAUUAUGCAGAGCCCCGUGAUUCCAUCCCAGUUGUCGGUGGAUCUCGUCGAAGAAGUGGAAGUCUUCCUGUAAGUCUCAACGAUACGACAAACAAGGAUUACGAUGGAACAAGCUCUGAUUACGACGAGCCACUGUACAACGAUUCACAAAACGAUUUAAAAAUUCUCGAGAAUCGAAAUAGUUCUAGUCUGCCAAUUGACCUCGAGUGCUCAUCACAAAGACAAUCUAAUUUUAAUGAUUACACGGUGAUUACGAAUGAACGAGAACCAAAGAAACUAGUAGACUUAAGUUUGAGAUUUAAUAGCGAUGAAAUGAGUCAAUCAAACGCUAGAUUACCCCCAAGACAGUCAUCGGAUAAUCGGGAGAGGAGAAAGAAUAUCUCAGUGAGUCCAAUGAGCUUUAGAAAGAGAAGUGGAAAGCACCAGGGGAUCACUGGUGUUGAAUUAACCAGUGGUGCUUUGAGUUCAAUUAAUAAUGAAAAUGAUCUGAUGUUUAUCAACAAUUCAACGAGAUCUGCACCUGUCACUCCCACGGAUGAGAAACGAUUGUUCUCGAGAUUUUUGCCGAAACAUCACAGUCCUCUAUACGAUGAUGAUCAACAAAAGGUGGAGCUCAUUAGAGUUUCAUCUCUCCCGGAACAAACGUUUGAUACACCCAGGGAACAAUUAACCAGUCUGAGGAAAAAUUCCGUGCCGAUUGUGGCGUUGGGAAGGAAGAGAUCGGUAUCACCUGUUACUUUGAGAUCUGAUCUCAUUGCUAAACGGCUGUCUGAGUCAGAUAAAGACGCUGGUAUGAUGUGUUGGAAUAAGGAGAGGAUUUCUUCUGGGACCGGGCUUCAUGGUGGAAUUACCGGUGAGUGUUGGAAUGGACAAAUCGGCGCUGAUAAGUCAAUUGAGGAUAAGGAUGGAAAAGUGGCCGAUGAUGAACGCUCGCCAUCGAUCGCAAUGUCAUUAACAGGUCUCCUGUUGAGGCUUAGAACUGGCACGGGGUCCUGUUGUCCGGCUAGUCCACCAACCGAGUCCUUCACUUGUUCCGAUAUGGCCACUCAAACGUCGCCUGCUAUCUCACGGAGUUCGAGUUUUACGUGGGUCAGCGACGGCGAGUCACCUCGAGAAUCCCGUUUGGAUAUUCAAUCUCUGCAAGACGAAAGUGUCCUGGACCCCUCGGCCCAAGACACCGUUGACGACGACAACCGAUCCUCCUCCUCCUCUCAAGAUUUGCUCCAAAGUAUGGAUGAAAUAUCCUCCGGGAGUAUUUCCCCGGAUACCACCGAUGGCACUUCCCCAUUGGAAAGUGGAAUUGGAACGGCCAGUCCACCGAGGAGUACAGAUCGACGAAUAAUCAACCCGUCGACAGCCAAAUGCCAGAGGAAGGAAACAUGGGAAAAAAUAAGGAGAAGGCCAUCGAAACUCAGUUCACGAUACAAUAAAUCGCGGUCAGCUGAUGUUUGGGUGAAGAGAGAGAGCGUUCACACGCAAACCAAUGAAAAUAUUGAUCAAGCUUUCCAAGAAAAUGAUAGCAGUAGUCAGGAGGAUACUUUACCCAGAACAAAACCAUCGAGAUCGAGUGAUCUGCCUCUCGGUCUGACAAUGACGACCAGUAGCUCACUGAGUUCUGGAGAGAUGCUGGAAUCAUUGCCUCGUGUGGUGUCUUCAUCCUCAGCGGGUUGCUUACAAUUGAAACACGAGCCACUCACCGUGGAAUUGAGCGGAAAGAGUAAUAGCGCACCAUUGUUGGAGAAUAACGAUAAAGCUGAGAAAACUCAACCAAAACAGCGGAUCCAGUACGUGAGGUCGCAGUCCGAGUGCUAUUUAUCUGAGAUCGAAGCUCAGGAAGCUUGCAAAUGGCUGCGGGCAGCUGGAUUUCCUCAAUACGCGCAGAUGUACGAGGAUUGUCAAUUUCCAAUUGAAGUGUCAGGAGUGGCCAAAGACCAUCCAUUUCUCGAAGCUGAUUCACUCCAGAGUCUUUACCGUAGACUUCACGCACUCAAUCGUUGCGCAAACAUGAAGUUAGAUACUCAUCACACCCACCAUCAUCAUAACACGAGCCACAGCAAAAGCUCUAAUCGGGGUGGUGAGGACUCGGACGAAGAUACCCAGUGCGCCCUGAGCGAGAACUGGACCUUCGAGAAGAAAACCCGACGGUGGUCACGGGUUUGUGACGUAACUCAAGCGAAUCUCGAGCGCCUCCAAGCGAUUGCCGGUGAAAUACCGACCGAGGAGGAGUCCCUCGAGGAUCGUCUCGAGGCCGAGGAAGCCUCCGACACAAUGAUGGAUAAUCGUUUUGCUACCUCACCGAAUCCCCUUCCGGAUGACAUGUCACCGAAAUUCCGGAGAACCGGUUCAGAGCGUCUUCGUGAUGGUGCCAAAGCUUUUCUACGGCGCGUCGAAUCUCUGAAGUCACGACGUCGAAAGCGUCAAAACCGAGAGGGAGUCGUGAUAAGUGGUCCCCAGGUUCUCGAUGUCAUGUCAAUGCAGCAAAAGAUGAAGGACCUCAAUUGCGUCGACGUCUCACCCACUGGUAUAUCACCGAUGACCUUUGACCUCCUACCCCCGUCCCCCUUGAACCGUCCUAUUUCACCCUUGACCCUUCCACCCUCGCCCUAUCAUUUACCAGUUCAGACAAAUCUUCCGUUGACCAGCCCCUUCGGCGAUGACUCCUCCAGCUACUGCUCUGACGGUUCCCAGGGUGGUGGACCCACACCGACACUACCUCGCAACAAAAUGAACAAAGCGAGAAAAUUUCUUUAUCGAAAUCGUGAGGAUCAGGGCGCCCUGAGUGACUCUGAGUGUCAGCCAUCGAGCUGGAGGCACAGAUACUUGAAGGACGCCAACAGCAAUCACACAAAAAUAUUUGAGUACGUAAAUGUUCAGCCGCAGACGAAGAAUCAACAUCAGAAUCAGAGCUUGAGUCCGAAGCCAGAGAAGAAAUCUAAGGAGAUCAACACCAGAGGGGGAAGUCUCAAUCUCGGAAAAGACUCGCAGAGAUAUAGAGACAAAUUGUCCAAAGAUGAUAAAUCCUCUAAACGGGAGGAGAAGCUCCACAAGAGCUUUAGACAUGUUCGCGAUGAUUCUUAUAAGGAGUGCAAACAAUUGGCAAAGGAAGUGACUGUGACGGUUUAUCGAGAGAAGUCGAGAUCAAGAAGUUCUGAGUUGGCUAGUCAGGAGAGUAGUUCAACAAUGGCAAGCAGAGAUUCAGAUCAGGAGGAAGAGUCACCGAGACUCAAGAGCAGUGUUGUGAGGUGGCACAGCUUUCAGAGAGGAUCACUCUAUCCUGAACCAUUAGAUCCUUUGUGUCAGAGAGCAAUGGCUUCCAUGUCCUGUGGACAGCUUCUUGUCCUGAGAAAGCUUGCUCUGUUGAAACUUACAGCUUGCAUGGAGCGAUAUUGUCCCACGCAUCGCACAGGCUGGAACUGGGAGCUGCCCAAAUUCAUCAGAAAGAUCAAAUCACCGGAUUACAAGGACAAGACUGUAUUUGGAGUGCCAUUGCUGCUUUCGCUGCAGAGGACAGGGCAGGCUCUGCCCAAAUGCAUGCAGAUUGCUCUGCGCUGGUUGCGAGCCAACGCUUUGGAUCAAAUUGGGAUAUUCAGGAAGAGUGGAGUGAGAUCGAGAAUUCAGAAACUCAAAGCCAUGACUGAGAUUCAAGGGGACAAUAUCAAUUUUGAUGGCCAACAGGCUUUUGAUGUUGCUGACCUCGUGAAGCAGUACUUCAGGGAAUUGCCUGAGGCUCUGCUGACGAAUAAAUUGUCCGAGACUUUUAUUGCUAUCUUUCAGCAUGUCCCUGUGGAACUCAGACCUGAUGCCGUUCAGUGUGUUUUACUGCUGCUACCUGAUGAGCAUCGGGAGGCCCUUGAGACACUUCUCGAUUUUCUUAAUCAUGUCGCCAGCAAUUCACCGUAUAAUCAGAUGACUGCGUCCAAUUUGGCUGUGUGUUUGGCGCCUAGUUUGUUUCACUUCAAUCAUACGAAUUCCAACGUAGCCAAUCGAUCCAGCAGUGUAUCACCAAGAAGGAGGAAAACUGUGGGAAUUCCAGACCAGAGGGAAUUGUCGGAGAAUAAAGCCGCUCAUGAUUGUCUGUUGUAUUUGAUCAAGCUUCAUCGCGAGUUGUUUAUGGUUUCAUCGGAUAUGUUGACUCAGUGUCACUUUAACUACAUGGAAGAGAGCGUUCCUGUGGCCCUCGAGGAGUUGGGAUCGGAGAUGAAGCAGAACUGGAGAGGAUACAUGUACGCUUGUACAACAGCUCUCUUGAAGGAAGCACGUGAGAAAAGUCGGGGAUGGGUGACAGUGAGCAAUCCACCAGAUCCCAGUAUCGAAAUGGCAUACAAAAAAGUGGGCGACGGUCAUCCGCUGCGACUGUGGCGUGUAUCGACUGAGGUAGAGGCGCCCCCCAACGAGCUCCUUCACCGUGUGCUACGUGAGCGCCACAUCUGGGAUUCCCAGUUGCUGAAGUACCGUCUGGUUAAAAAACUCGACUCAGACGCUGAAAUAUUUCAAUACGCAACUGGCAAUAUGAGCCCCCUACCAGCACGUGAUUAUUGCGUUUUACGUACAUGGCGUACUGACCUGCCCAAGGAUGCGUGUGUAAUCGUUGAGACAUCAGUUGAGCAUCCAGACGCACCAGUUCUGCUCGGUGGCACACGUGGUAUCGUUCUGGCUUCGCGUUAUCUCAUCGAAAAAUGCGGAAGUGGAAAAUCCAGGAUUAUGCAUCUGUCUCGGGUUGAUACUAAAGGGAGAACACCAGAGUGGUAUAACAAGAGUUAUGGACACAUUACUGCACUUCACUUGAGCAAAAUACGUAAUUCAUUCAAGCAUACGGCGGAUGGUCCUGAGAGCAAAGUCUGAGACAGGAGUACCGUACAAUGCGCGUCAUUGUACGGUUCACAAAAUUUUGAUAAGGAGUCCAUUACAUCCUCCGAGAGAUCCUCGGACCAGUCGUCAGUGGAGAUGGAUUUGCUGACCGUUCCUCUGUUCAUUGAUGAGUAAUGACUCGACGGGUGUCAGAUCUUCACUAAAUGGUAAUGAAAAAAAAAAGAUUUAUCUUAUCGACAAGCGGGAUUAUAUUAAAUUCAUGUAAUCUCUACGAAGGGGAAUUUUAAUUGAAAUAUUUUGAGUGGAAUGGAAACAAUUAACAACCGGGGAUUCCCCUGUUUUUUUCGACUGCGGCAAAAAUAAAAGUUACAUUACAAAUUAAUUACAGAUGACAUUGGUGUAUUGAAGAGCUUAUUCCCAAAUACUCGAACAAUUAUUUCCAUCUCGAUUAAAAUUCUCGUGAAGCAUUUAUGGACUUUUUGACGUUAGGGUAAAAAAUAAUCGAUAGAAAUAUGAAAUUAUCUAUCGGCAAUGAAAAAUCACCGACUUAUCGUGUUGAAAACUCCACCAAAUUCCAAUUUGUGAACGAAUGAGUAAUAGGUUAUACAUAAUAUCAAAAUACCGCGUGAAUAUAUCUUAUAUUGCCUUUCCGGACCAAAUACAUUUUUUUAUAAUUAUAUUAAAAAUUUGUUCUUCAGAUUAAGAUUAUUACCGAAAUUGCAUAUGUGUGAGAAAGUUGAUGUUUACGUAUGUCUGAGACAAUUAAUUAUUAAAUAAUCGAGUCACUAACCGACUUGAGGUGUAUUGCAUUAAUUCGAGGUACCUGGAAAAUGUUUAUGGGACCACAUGUUUUUUUUUUUACAGUCCCAAUAUAAUAAGAAUGAUUAAUGAGCAAACUAAAUGCCUUAUGCAUAAUAAUCAUGUAACAGACGUCUCUGAAUGUAUUUUAAUCGUAAUACUAGUCACUUACAUGACUUGAGCGCAUAAGAUUUGACAGGAGUUUUUUUUUUUCUUUGAGAAUUAUGUAGUUUUUUCAUUUAGUAGUGAUUAAACGUCGUACGUUGUAGGAGAUGAGACAAUGACAGGAGAAAAAUUAUAUUCAUUAUAUAGUAUAUAUGAAUGUUAUGAAGAAAAUGAUAUUUUUGUGUCAAAUGCCAGUAGAAAAAUCCACAUGUAAGCACGAUAAAAAAGCAGAGUUUAAGUGAAAAAGAUGUGUAUCUAUGUUUUUGAAGUAUGAUCAUCUAUAUUCUUAUAAUAAAUGUUCCAUGAGAUGUAAAUAUGUAUAUUACUUUAUUGUGAAUGACGAAUAUAUUCAU